AUCUCCUUUUAAGUUGGUUCUGCAAUGCAAUAUUUCCUUACUAGAAUAUCUUGGUUUAGACCCAGCAUAGGAUUGGUUUAGACCCAGCAUAGGAUCAUUUGGUAUAGACCAUUGUUAAAGACUUAAAGUGAGUCAAGUUUUGCCAAUUCUAAUUGAUAAACCAAUGCUGACUUCUUGAGUCUCUUUUUUAUUAUUUAUAAAUACAGAAUGUCAAUGACUGUGGGACUGUAUUAUUAUGGUCUUCGAGACACCAACACUACAUAUGCGAUGAGCUUCUUCAACUUGAUUCCAAUGGUUACCUUUGUCUUCUCCACAAUCGUAGGUAUAGAGAAACUAGGACUGACUACAAAGGCAGGCAAGAUGAAGAUUCUGGGGGCAAUUUUUUCUGUGGCAGGAGCACUAAUUGCUUGUCUUUAUAAAGGAAAAGCUUUCCAUAUUGGUCAUCAAGGUCUUCACCAUAAUGUUGCUCUGAAAACAUCUAUAGCUCAUUGGGUCCGUGGCACUUUCAUGUUGGUUGGCUUUUGCCUCUCCUAUAGUGUGUGGUACAUAGUUCAAGCUAAGUUUGCUCAAAAUUUUCCCAGCAGAAUACUAGGCAAUAAUGUUAGCAUGCAUCAUAUCAUCAAUGCAAUCAGCUGUAAUAGGCCUAUGCUUAAAUAGACAGAAGGCUACAUGGAGCGUAGGGUGGAAUCUGCAACUACUUACAAUAGUUUACUCAGGAGCACUAGCCACGGCUGGAACAUUCUGCCUAGUUACAUGGGCAAUUGCAAUUCGGGGCCCCAUUUAUGCCCCAACGUUCUCUCCACUGUCACUAAUUUUUGUGUCCAUAUUAGAAGCUCUCAUACUUGGUGCAGAAAUCAGACUCGGAAUGUUGCUUGGCUCAGUUUUGAUCAUUGUUGGGUUGUAUUCCUUCUUGUGGGGUAAAAGGAAGGAGAUGAAAAGCUUGCUUCAGACAAAUAAUGAUACUGGUAGUGUAGUAGCACCCACAACCGCUGAUGAAUCUGUAGUCGUGUAAUCAACAGUUGUAAUGACAAAAGCGCGCGUGUGGGGAGGGGAAAUGUUAACAGUAUUGUGUCUUGUGAGUGCUUUUUCAAUCCAAAAAAUAAAUUUGUGGCGGAUUGCGCAAAACAUACACAUUAAUCAAGGGAAAUAAGUGUAGCUUGUGCACACACAUUCUAUUAUCUAUCAGUAUCUGUGCAGCUACAGGAAAAGCUUCUCAUCCUCCUAAAUCUAAUAAUAUAAAUUUCUAUUUCCUACUCAUAUGUGCACCUAAGAGUA